GUCACAAGGCAGAGCUAUGCCAAAACGUUGCCGAGUCUUAUAAAAGUUGCACUGCAUUUGUGUGAAUACAGUAUACACAAUCUGAGAUGAGUACCAUAGCAGUAAGCAAUAAGCCUCAUGUUGUAUGCAUUCCUUUGCCAUUUCAGGGCCAUAUAAAGGCAAUGCUUCAGUUGGCGCAACUCCUCCACCAUAAAGGUUUUUAUAUAACCUUUGUCAACACACAGUUCAACCACAAGCGCUUUCUUAAGUCUCUUGGACCCAACUCUCUUGAUUGCUUGCCUGAUUUUCGGUUUGAGACUAUUCCGGAUGGUCUUCCAAGUUCAGAUGAAGAUGACACCCAAGACCUCACUUUGCUUUCUGAGGCCGUCAGAACAAAUUGCUUGGCUCCGUUUCGUAAUCUCCUCAACAAACUGAAUGUCAACAUGAAUCGUCCUGUGACUAGCAUUGUCUCAGAUGGCUUCCUGACGUUCACAAUCACAGUUGCUGAAGAACUUGGAAUUCCUAUAGCUCAGUUCUUUACUUUGGCGGCAGUCGGAUUUAUGAACUAUAAAAUACUUCCCACUUUGGUGGCAAAAGGAUUUGCACCACUCAAAGAUGAGAGCUGUUUAACAAAUGAAUUUUUGGACACGGUAAUAGACUGGGUUCGGGGAGUGAAAGAUAUCCGUUUAAGGGAUCUCUCAGGCUCCUGGAGAACCACAAACCCCGAUGACAUCUUGUUUAACUUGGCCUUAGAAGCAGUGGAGGGAGCUCAUAAAGCUUCUGCAGUUGUUGUUCAUACUUUUGAGGCUUUGGAGCCAGAUGUUUUGGAAGCUCUCUCCAGCACUGCAUCUAUGCUUCCACCUGUUUACGCCAUUGGCCCUCUCCAAUUACUUCUCAAUCAGAUACCGGAACACCCUUUGAAGUCUGUGGGAUACAGUUUACGGAAAGAAGAAACAGAGUGCCUCCAAUGGCUAAAUGAUAAGACACCAAACUCAGUUCUGUAUGUGAACUUCGGUAGUUUAGUGGUCAUGACACCACAACAUCUUAUGGAGUUUGCUUGGGGACUUGCAAAUAGCAAGCUUCCCUUCCUGUGGGUUAUUAGACCAGAUUUGGUUGUUGGUCAGUCUACAAUUUUGCCGCCUGAGUUUUCCGCUGAAACAAAGGAAAGAGGUCUAAUAGCAAGUUGGUGCCCGCAAGAGCAAGUGCUUAACCAUCCAUCAGUUGGAGCAUUUUUAACACACAGCGGUUGGAAUUCAACCAUGGAGAGUAUGUCUGCUGGAGUGCCUAUGCUCUGUUGGCCAUUACUUGCUGACCAGCGGAUCAACUGUCGCUAUACUUGCUAUGAGUGGGGUAUUGGCAUGGAGAUCAGUAAUGAUGUGAAAAGAGAUGAAGUAAAGAAAUUUUUUGAAGAGUUAAUGGUAGGAGAGAAGGGUAAGGAAAUGAAAAAUAAGGUCAUGGAGUGGAAGAAACUAGCAGAAGAGGCCGCUGGUCCGCUUGGUUCGUCAACCAUAACAUUAGACAAUUUGGUUAAUCAAGUGCUAUUAAGCAAAGCUAGAUAUUUUCAAAACACUAGUUAACCUUUUGUUGUUGAUGAUGUUGCUGGCCUUAUUAAGUAAUAAAAGUUGCUGUUGAUGAUGUUAUUGUUCUCCCUGUUACCAUUUGAA